AUGUCGGGCGACGCCGACUCUACAUGGUCGGAUUCUCACGCCACGGAUUCAGAUGACAACCGCCUCGCCUCAGAUGUGCUCUCGAGGCCUGUCACAUGGAUCCGGGCAGACUCCAGCUCCAGCAGUCGCUCGACUCUCGUUUCUGAUAUCCAGCUAUCGGAGGGCCAAAUCUCACCCAUCCGCAUCGGCGUCGACAUACCCGGCGCCCUUACGGACGUUGACCAUUAUCCGCUCACCGCGUCUACGAGCCUGUCGUCGGCACCGACUUUGGAGAACGCCACCUCGUUGUCCUCUCCAACGCUCGAAAAUUCGACGUCGCCGUCGUCGAACUCUGAGACGCGAGAUAUCUUCGCCGAUGGCCAUGACCAUUCCCUUGCUGGCGGCGAUCCACACGAAAGCUUCAUCGACGACGACGCACAUUACGAAGAUGACGUCCAUGAUCACCUAGACACUACCCACGAUAUGCAGUGGGAGGCGGACAUUGGUGACGAUCUUAUUAUCCCGAAACUAGAGCCGGUGGAAGAGGACAACUUCCGCCUCGACGACAUUGACCAGGCACCGCCUAAUCCCGAGCCCAUUGGCACCACGGCUUCCACUGCGAGCACAAAGGUCAAGCGCCCUAGAGGUCGCCCUCGGAAACUCAACAUCGUAGCGACGGCGUCCGCCAACUCCGGAAAAAUCGCAAAGGGCCGGUCGAAGACGGGCUGCAUCACUUGCAGAAAGCGCAAGAAGAAAUGCGAUGAAGCCAAGCCAAGAUCAACGGACAUUGCCAUGUUAACAAACGGCUUUCCCAUCUUCACCGGCUUAGAGACAGCUGAAGAUCGCGUUUUCUGGAGACACUACAAUGACCAUCUCAGUGCUGUCUUUACGGUCGAAGGCGAACACAAUAAUGCCUUCCGGGAUAUGCUGGUGCCUGUUGCAACUCGACACAAAGGCAUGAUGCACUCCAUUCUGUCGCUUGCAAGUCGACAUUUGGAUUAUGACACGCCGUAUGGAGAGAAGAUCCUCCGCCGCAACGCCAAACUGUCCAUCGAUUCUCUACGUCAUCGCGGCGAAUUCCACAACAACGCUGCCGUCAAAACGCUUCGUGAGGGUAUGUGGAAUGACGAAAUGGACGAUCCUGACACGAACGACGUCUUGGCCGUUCGCUAUGGACAGAUGCUCUGUCUUAUUCUCGAACCCCUAUCCGAAGGAGAUAAUAGUGGAACCCAGCGCCUUCAUUACGAGGCGUUCCUCUACCUCAUUCGGAACAACCCGCCUCAAGACGAUGCUUUCCACGCCUUCAUAGCUGAGAUCUUUUACUACCAUAUCUUUGCCGAUGAUUUGGUGUACUACCCAAACCCGCCAGCUAAACGUCUCGUGACGGAGGACUGGGCCCCGGUCGCACCGAUUCAGCGCCCCCGGUUGAUCGGGGUGUCCGACGGAUUGUUCACGUACCUAUCUCAGAUUACGACCAUUCGCAACCGGAUCCGGGCUAGAAUCGAAUGCAACGCCGACCCUCGGGUAGACUACGAAAGCCUAUACAGGGCCUCCGACAUUGAGGACCAGAUCCUCGAAUGGAAGCCAGAGUGGCCAGUGGGCGAUAGCCGGGAACGAGUAACUCUUCUUUACAAACAGAUGGCCUGGCUAUACCUGAAGACAACAAUUUGCCCGCCGACAUCGGCAUUCCCAUCUAUGUCAAUGGCGAGGUCGUUCAACGCUCGAUCAGGCGGUACAAUCACCGAGACGCCUCUUCAUUCCGCAGCUGCGAGCUGUGCAUCCUCUCCCUCGCCCAGACUGGAGGCCAUGGUUCCCCAGGAAAACCAUUUCAACAAUCCGCGCCGUCAUUCCAUCGCCAACCCGAGCAGAUCGGGUGGAAGCCGUCCUUUCUUGAACGCUACGAACGAAUUGUUUGGGCAGAAGUCCAUGGGUGACAAUGGCGUUCGGGCAUCGCCACCGCCAAUCCGGCGCCCAUCAAAUCACGAGCCCGGUGUCAGCAUUGCUGUUGAGGAGUCGCUGACCCUUCUGGAGAGUUUUCAGCCAAGCGAUCCAGCACAGGCACUCCUACUGAUCGCGUGUGUCAUCAUCGGCACUGCCUGCUAUUCUCCUGAAGAACAGGAACGAGUCCGCAACGCCAUCCGUGUCACACACGGAUACACGGGGCUGCGCAAUACGUACAAAGCUCAGGAAGUUCUCAACGAAGUGUGGCGAUUCAUCGAACUUGGUGACUUCUUGAGCGCAUGGGACUGGCAGGCCGUUGCAAACAGUCUCGGUAUCAAGCACCUGUUCUAA